CUGAGCAGCUGCAAAACGGUAUCAAUUGAAUUCCAACCUCAUUCAACACAGACCUCCUUAACAAAAAUCAAAAAAACUAAAUCAAAAUGUUCAAGUUGGUGGUGUUGUCUGUUCUCUUCGCUGUAGCUGCUGCCCGUCCAGGACUCUUGCAUUCAUCCCCAGUCGUCUACUCUGCUCCCAUUAUUCAGGAGCAUGGUUACGCAAAUGUUGGAUCAAUCGUCAAGAGUGUACCGACCGCUGUUUCGCAUCAAAGCUCAACUGUGGUGCAUGACCAAGCCCACUACGUGCAACCCAUUGUUGCUCCUGUAGUCAAGACCUACGCUGCACCUGUGGUUAAAACCUAUGCUGCCCCUCUGGUGCAAACCUACCACACUGCUCCAGUGCUAAAGACUUACGCUGCUUCUGGUCCAGCUCAUUACACUUAUAGUUAUGGUGCCACUCCAUUGGCUUAUGCUUCCGCGUGGUAAUAAAACUCCUGACGGGUCGUUGGACCGAACAAUUGGUGAUAUAUUUUUCUUUGCUGACUGAAAAACUUAAAAAUAAAUAAUGUUGAAACAAA